AUGCCAACGGACGACCUGAAAUCCCACGCGACAUCAAAUGCGCACGACUUUUACGCCCUCCUCGACAUCUCCCCCGCAGCAUCAGAAUCUGAGAUACGGCGCGCCUACCGUCGCACGGCUCUGAAGUACCACCCGGACAAGAUCACAAACCCCACGCAAGCCGAUAUCGACCGGUUCCACCUCCUGCAGAUCGCUAACGAUGUCCUUUCUGACCCUGCAGUCCGGGGGCUGUACAAUAAUGCAAGGGAGGCUCGGGAGCGUAAGAAGAGGGAGGUUGAGCUGAUGGAUGCGGCGAAGAGGAAAAUGAGGGAGGAUCUGGAAGCUAGGGAGAGGGCUGGAGCUGCUGCUUCGGGAACUGCAGGGCAGAGAGGGGUGAAGAGGGCGUGGGGGGCUACGGUUGAUGAUAAUGAUGCGGAAGAGAAGCUGGCGAGAGAGAUUGAGCGGAUUGCAGAGGAUGGCCGGCGGAGACGCAGAGAGGCGGAGGAGAAGUUACGGAAAGAAGUCGAAGAGGAUGAGAAACGGAUACAAGAGGAAGAGGAAGAGAAGCGGCGCGCGCAAGAUCGAAGCUCGAAGCGCGUAGAUAGGUCGCAUGAAGGGGGCACAAAUGUCCCUGAGCAGGAGCGCGCAGUGAAAGUGCGCUGGGUUAGGGAGGGACGGGGCGUGAAUCUCGGCAAGGACAGGCUUAUGGCACUGUUCGCGCCGUUUGGGACAAUUGAGAGCGUCCUUGUGCUCAAGGAUAGGCGACAGCGAAUUGAAGGCAAGAAAGAGAAGAAGAUUGUCGCAUCUGGAGUGGUCGUUUUUGCCUCCAUUGUCAGUGCGCAUACCGCUGUGCUGGACAGCGAGAAGUUCAUGCAUGAUAGUUUGUCACGGACAGAAAGCGACUGGAACGUGAUUGAUUCUGUCUUCUGGGCUACUGGCGAACAACCAGACCUAGCCGGGCUUCCUACGCCAAGUCAUGAAUACAACGGACAAGCUGCCCCUUCGCCACAAGAACAAAGUGCGCCAGAGCCAACACCGGCUCCUAAACCCGUAUUUAGCUUUGCCGGGCUCAAGAAUGCCGGGACCGGUGGGAAACCAGGAAAGGCGCCGUCUUUUGGCUCAUUUGGGUCCGCGGCGUCGCGAGGUGCUCAAGCAGCCUCGGCUGCUGAUUCGAACGAGGGCAUAAAGACGCCUAGUUUGGAAGAGGUCACGCUCAUGCGCUUGAAGAAUGCGCAGCGUGAGAAGGAAAGGAGGGCACUUGCCGAGCAAUUAGGGAGGGAGGAUGAAGAGGCGAAUGCGGCCGAGGCUGCAGCUUCUGGCAGGGGCUGA